AACAUUUCCACGGUAAGCGAUGGUGAACCACUCCAUCAAGUUGUAUCUGUUGGCACUAGCCGGCGCCAUAUCAAUUACAGAUGCUCGUCGAAUUUUCCGAUCCUGUAACGAUGUUCCAGCAACGGUUUCCGGGAUCUACGAUAUUCGUCCAAUCAACGCAACGAAAACGUUCGGAGUGCUCUGUGAGCAGGGCUUCGGCGGUCGGUGGCUGGUGAUACAGAAUCGUUACGACGGACAAGAGAACUUCAAUCGAAGCUGGGCUGAUUACAAGAACGGAUUCGGUGUGGUUGGAAGCGAGUUCUGGCUCGGGUUGGAUAAAUUGCAUCAGAUUACGACCGUUGAUGAGUACGAGCUGCUGGUCUGGAUGGGGGACUUCAAAGACUACGAAGCAUAUCAAAAGUACAAACUGUUUGCGGUGGCCAAUGAAGCGGAUAAUUAUCGGCUCACGCUGGACGGUUGGCGCGACGGAACGGCAGGGGAGUCUCAUUAUGUAUAUCGCGAUCAGCAAUUCACUACCUUCGACAGGGAUAAUGAUAAGUCAAUGAUGAAUUGUGCAGUGGAAAUGGGAAGUGGGUACUGGCAUUUUGACUGUGGAACCAGCAUCGAUAGGAGCAACUUGAAUGGCAUAUACGGGAAUAAAAUUUUGAGCCGUGGUCGCGGAUUUUGGUGGGGUGGGUUUGGUGCUGUAUCAAAUCCUCUAAAAAAGAGUAAAAUGAUGAUUCGAACACGCAUCAAGUAUUAAAAAGAAAUAAAUACAUUCUGGUGAAUUAUUCAAACAUUAGAUUUUACUUGUCGUUCAAAUCCAUGAGCUUUAGAAAAAUAAUUUCAAACUGAGUGUAUUUAACAAAGCAAAACAGUGACCUCUUUCGGUUCACUGUGUUGACCAUGUACUGUUUUCGACAAGAAUACAAUUUAUGAAAUUAUGGGAGAACUUCAUUUUUAUGAUAACUUUCAUUUCAUUAAAUCCUGUCAACGUUAACUGUUCAAUUUAUUUGUC